CACGGAGCCCGGAGAGGACAGGGACACCAGCGGCAACGCGGACACUGCCGGGGGCACGGAGAGCGGUACGUGCUUGGGAAACGCCAAGCCCAGGGAAGGCGGCACUGCGCGCCCGGCGGGUGGCACUGCGGCCACCCAGGUGCCAUCAGGACCCUCAUCCCCCUGAUGCGCCCUGUGUCUCCUCACAGCCCAUCCGUGGUGGAAGAUGAUGGUCCCAGUGCCCAACAGCACGGCUCUGUCAUGGGCACGGCCAGGGCCAGAGCCAGAGCUGGAGCGGUCACCCUGCCUGGUUGGCAUCGUCCCCAUCGUGUAUUACAGCGUCCUGCUGGGGCUGGGGCUGCCAGUGAACAUCCUGACUGCCGUGGCCCUGUCCCGCCUGGCCACCAGGACCAAGAAAUCGUCGUACUGGUACCUGCUGGCCCUGACCACCUCCGACAUCCUCACCCAGGUCUUCAUCAUCUUCGUGGGCUUCAUCCUGCAGACAGCCAUCCUGGCACGGGCAGUGCCCAGCGCCUUCAUCCACACCGUCAACGUGCUGGAGUUCACGGCCAACCACGCGUCCACCUGGGUCACGGUGCUGCUGACCGUGGACCGCUACGUGGCCCUGUGCCACCCCCUGCGCUACCGCGCCGUGUCCUACCCGCGCCGCACGCGCAGGAUCAUCGCCGCCGUCUUCGCCGCGGCGCUGGCCACCGGCAUCCCCUUCUACUGGUGGCUGGACAUGUGGCGUGACGCCGACCCCCCCACGGCGCUGGACACGGCGCUCAAGUGGCUGCACUGCGUCACCAUCUACUUCCUGCCCUGCAGCAUCUUCCUGGCCACCAACUCCGCCAUCAUCCGCAAGCUGAAGCGGCGCAGGCGCGCGGGGGGCGGCAAGACCACGGCGCUGCUGCUGGCCGUCACCACCGUCUUCAUUGUGCUCUGGGCUCCCCGGACCGUCGUCACCAUGUGCCACCUCUAUGUGGCCUCAGUCAGGAGGGACUGGCGCGUGCACCUGGCCUUGGACAUCGCCAACAUGGUGGCCAUGCUCAACACCUCCCUCAACUUCUUCCUCUACUGCUUUGUCAGCCAGACCUUCCGCAGCACGGUGGCCGAGGUGCUGCGGGGACAGCCCCGGCAAGACCCCCGCCGUGGCAGCGGUCACUUCCCACCGCCAGCCCUGAAACCGCUGCAGCUGCUGGGCAGCACCGCGCUCUGAGCCAGGGCAGUGCCAGGCUGGCAGUCCUGGUGCCCACCCAGCCCCACGCACUGCACCGGGACCCAGGGAGGCCCCCACCCUCCACAGAGCCGGGGCUAAUUAAUGCUGGUGGUGGUGGCAGGGGGAGGUGGCUGUGCCCAGAACUCAUCGGGGAUAUCGUGGUGCCUGCCUGGCAGCAGCACCCCAGGAUGGGCAGCUCAGCCCUGCCCAUGCUCAGCCCCUCGCGCAACACUGGAACUCAUCCAGGGAACUCACCCAGGACAUGCCCCAGCUCAGUGGCACCGAGGGUCCUGGGGAGCCCAGGGGCUGCCCGUGGUGAGGGGUGGAGGGCACGAGUGAGCUGCUGGGAGCCCUGACAAGGACGUGGUGCCCUCUGGGUGCCACUCCAUAAACUGCCGUGCUGAGACCAAAACUCUGCCUUGGGUCCGGCUCCCUGCGGGCAGCUGGAACGGAGGCACCCUGCACCAGCAUCUCUGGCACCGGGUCCCUCUGCCCUGCCCACCCCUGUGCCCUUCUGCUGCCCACGAGUGCUAGAGGGAGCACCCACAGGGUCUGCUGUCCCCGGCAGUGGGGUCUGGACACACGGUAAGAUCACAGCUCCUGGCCCCCACCCAUUAAUCCCCCUGGCAGCAGCCAGGCUGCAGCCCCCCGGGCAAUGCCCCCCUGAGUCGGGUGCCCUCCCAGUCACACCAGUGCCAAACUGGUGUGACACUGGAGGAGUGGCCGUGCCGUGCCAGCCUGUCUCCAGCUGCCAGCAGAGGGCAGGGAUGGGACACUGUGGGACUGGCACUGCCGGGGCAGGGAGCUGGCACCCCCAGCCCCCCAAACCAGCCCUGUUGCCACCCUAAUUCCCUGUAAUCCCCUUAGCGUAAUCCCCAAAACCGUCCGGCCUUUCCGCUCGGAUUCCCGAGACGGGGCAGGACAGACAGGGGCACAGGGGUUGCCCGGGGCAAGGGGGAAUUGGGGCCUCAGCUGGCUCCUGGCAGGGCACAGAGACACCCCCAAACCCCGCCAGACUCCCUGCCCACCCCCGAGCCCUGGCUGUGCCCGCGCUGGGGUGGGAUGGGGCGCAGCCUUUGCCCGCAGGGUGUGGGGCUGACCCACUCACGGACCCACCCUGCCCCCGCCCUCGGGUCAUUCUC